UGGAUACCACCACAGACCAAAAACUCUCAUACCUUUCUCAACAUGGCUGACCUGAUGAAAAACAUGGAGUGCCAUUUCAACUGGCAGUUGGACUGUAGCCGAUCUAGACUUGAAAACGUCCACCAAGAUCUCCAGGAUCGCCUUCACACUGGAUGCACCUGGAUGUGCCAGUUGAAGAACCUCCUUGGGUACGUCCUUCAUUCUCUGGGCUCCAGUGCUGAGGCCUUGACCUGCCUGAGGGAAGCAGAGAAGAUGAUCAAAGAGCAGAAGAGGGAUGCAGAGAGACACUGCCUCCUGCUGGUCAACCAGGCAAACCUCGCCUGGGUGCACUACUUGAGGGGUGAGCUAGAAGAGAGCCAAGCUUACCUGAAAGAAGUGACUCGACUUCAGGAAGCUUUUCCUGCCCCACCUGGUUGCCAGAUUCACCCAGAGUUAAGCGGGCAGAAAGGGUGGAGUCUGUUGAAGUUUGAGAGGAGCCACAAAAAAGCAGCAAUAGAGUGCUUUGAAAUCGCCUUGAUUGACAAAACUGAGCAAAGAUCUUUGGCCAAAAAGGCCAUUCCCCUUUACAAGGAGGUGAUCACUCCACAUUCUUAUAAGAAUAUCAUUCUUGCAGACUUGCACGCAAUAGUAGGCGAUGUUGAAGCAGCAGAUCAGAUCUACAGGAGCCUUUUAGGUAAAGAAGAAAACCUCAGUGGUGUGGAGAAGCAACUCCUGUACAGAAGAUAUGGUUUUCAUCUUUUCAGGGUCAAACGAGAAUGA